AUGAAUGAAAAUCAAAUAAAUGUAACUAAUAGCAACAAAGCGAAAUCACGCCCUUUACAUGGACUAAAACACCUACAAGAAAAAUGUAAUAUAGAUUCGGACGUGUCUAACAGAAAAGGAAAACUUGAUGCCGAUAAAGAAAUAGAUGAUAAUAAUGAAGAUUUCAAAUUCCAGUGCAAAACGUUUAUAGAAAUAUCCAAGUAUUUCUCUAGUCCUCUGAGAAAGACUGCUUCUUACAUAUCCGAAAAUUGCCUAGUAUCUUAUCCGAAUUCUUUCGCUCUGGAAUACAAACGGGGGGGAUUAGCGACGGAAUACAUAAAGUUCUCGAAUAUCACCCUACAGCCGGUUUACGUCCGAUUAUUCAAAUUGAUCCCGGAAUUAGAUCAAAUUAAGUUUAUUAACUUGAAUCUGUCUUGUUCAAAGAGGAUCCCUCCCGGUUUGUCAUUUAACAUGGCCUUUAUUUACAACGAUGCAAAUGAAAAGCCUGCCUGCAAUGCAAGCUUGAUUUGUGUAGCAUCAAGGAAGACGACGACUCCGUGUUAUCAAAUUUGCAAAAUUGAACUACAGAUAUACGCGCAAAAGAUUUGCAAACCGAACUUUUGA